AUGAAGUUUCGUCAAUGGCUGAAUUGGCUUCUCUGUACAUCUUUUGCGUGGCAAACUGUUGUCGCGUUUGAAUUAAACAUUAGCAGCCUUGAUUCCAUUUAUUCUGGCAUAGAAACUGUUCAGAAGGGUUUAAUUGACUACUGGAAUGCGUCUACAGAUUCAUUUACACGUUCAUAUUGGUGGCAGACUGGUUCGUCUUUGACGACUAUGUUAAACACCAUGCUCGUUACCAACAAUGAGACGUAUAAAAGUCUAAUUCACGAUGCUCUCGUGUACAACGCUGGUGAAGAUUACAAUUAUCAGCCAUCAUCGGAGUAUUUCAACCUGGGUAACGAUGACCAGGGUUUUUGGGCCCUCGCAGCCAUGUCGGCUGCGGAGAAUGAUUUCACUUCUCCCGAUUCAUCGCGCUCGUGGUUGGAGCUUACACAAACUGUGUUCAACUUGCAAGUCGCACGUUGGGAUAUAAACUCUUGCGAGGGCGGUCUUCGUUGGCAGGCUUUCCCCUGGCUUAGUGGUUAUACUUAUAAGAACUCAAUCUCAAAUGGUUUACUAUUUCAGCUCUCUGCAAGAUUGGCUCGCUUUUCCGAAAACGAAACAUAUGCAGAGUGGGCCGAGAAAAUUUGGGAUUGGUCAGAAUAUGUUGGGUUUGUGAACACUACGGACUACUCAGUCUACGAUGGUUCCUAUAUCACAAAUAACUGUUCCGUACUCAACUUACGGCAAUGGACCUAUAAUUUGGGUGUGUACCUUGCUGGUUCGGCCUAUAUGUAUAACUAUACGAAUGGCAGUGAUACGUGGAAGGGACGGUUGGAUGGCUUAAUUACGAAGUCGAAUUAUUUCUUUGUAGAGAAUAUUGCGCAGGACCCUCAGUGUGAGUACUUUAAUAACUGCAAUCUAGACCAGACUUCAUUCAAGGGUAUUCUUAUUCGAUUUUUUGGUUACGCAAUGCAGCUUGCUCCAUACACACAUGAUACCCUUAUGCCUUUGGUCCAAGGCAGCGCGGUCGCCGCCGCAUUGGCUUGUAGCGGCGGAUAUGAUGGCGUUACUUGUGGUACUCACUGGAGUUGGAACAAUGGGACGUGGGAUAGCACGUAUGGCGUCGGACAACAAGGAGCAGCUUUGGAUGCGAUAAACACCUUGUUGAUUGAUUAUGCUCCUACUCCCAAAAAGCUUUCAUCAGUUUCAGAUCAACGCUCAGAUCCCAGCGCUGGUGUUCAUACUCAUGGAACCACUGUCAAUGUUACCAUUACACCUGCUACAGAAUCGGAUCGCGGUGGGGCUGGUUUCCUCACUGCGUUGACGAUAGCGAUUUUUCUUCUUGGUAGUAUCUGGGCUGUGUUCGAUUUUGGCGGCUCUGGAAAGUUGCCUGCUCGGAACGAGCCCUAUGUUACUUUCAUUUCUAUUCUUCGACCUUCAUCCGAUGAGGAUGAGAAGUAUAAGAGUGUUGACAGUUCAGACACUGGUAAUAGUUCUAGGGAAAAGGCUGAUGCCACCGGUGUUGAAGAAGCUAAACAAAGUGACACGGCGAUCAUUUCCCCGUCUUCACCCGUGGCAAAACGAAGUGAUGCUUCGCUUUCUACCCUUCAAAAUCCUACUCAUCCAAUCGAAAGUAACUCCAAUACAUCAUUCUCAAACCUUUCAGACGAUUCGCAGAAGCUCAGUGAUGCACCAAAUCACGGAAAUGCUGAUCGAGUUCUGUGA